AUGGUGCUCCCCCUGGAGUUUACUGCCCCUAUCAUCUCUCCUUCAUCUCCUGACUCUCCUACGUCUCCGCUGGUCCUGUCCAGCCCUCCAGUGCCAGUUCCUCCAGAGCGCCUUUCGGUGGCCGCUCCUCCUGAACUCUCCCGAGCCUUUGUUACUAACAUCAGCAGCACUGUUACAACAGUCACACCAAAGACAAACACAGCUGUUAUAAAUAUAACACUGCAGGAAGAAUGCACAAGUCAGACCUCUGGAGGAUGUUUUCAAAAUCUUCUUGAGCAGAUCGAGAACAUUACAGCUCAAGUGCUUCCUUUGAAUACUGUGACAAACAUUUUGACUGUGGCCUUCAACACUUCGGAGAAGAUUUUAGAGUCAUUAUCAUCAACAAAACCAUCUGAACUAGCCUCCUAUGGAAACCGCAUGUUAAAAACCAGUGAAAAACUCAUCUCUACAUUGGUGAAGCCGACAGUCACAAGUGACAAUGUCAGUUUUACUCUUGCUACUGUUGAGGGUCAAGUCUUCAUGGUUGGACCAAAUGUCACCUUAAAUAAAAUCCCACAACUUGACACAACAAAUUCUUCUGUGGACAUCGAUCUCAUUGGGAUCGCCAAGAACAACAAUGAAAGAUCAGCUGCUGUGGCUUUCAUGAGCUACAGCACGAUGGAGAAUCUACUGAAGCCAGACUUCUUCAACACAUCAAAUGACACUGUUAAAACCAUGAUGUCCACUGUGAUCUCAGCUACUCUUCCCAAAACCAACAACACUAAACUCACCAAACCAGUCAACUUCACCUUCAGACACAUCAGAGAGUUUGAUCCCACCAGUUCUCUGUCCUGUGUUUACUGGAAUAUCAGCGAGUGGAUUGUAGAUGGUUGUUCUGUUUUAAAGACCAACAGCAGCUACACUGUGUGUUCCUGUGUUCAUCUGUCGACAUUUGCUCUCAUCAUGCAAACCAGCCGCCCACCAGAGAGCUCUCAACUGCUGGAACUGUUGAAUCUGGUGUGUGUGAUCGUGGGGCUGGUGUUCUUCAGUUUGGCCCUGUUGACCUUUGCCCUUUGUCAGUGGAGUUCUAGAGUGAAUAAUGUGGCUCGAAUCAACAUCUGCAUCAGUCUUCUGUUGGCUCAUCUUCUGUUUCUGCUCACGCAGCAGUUCCUGAACAUCAUACGGCCUCAGCAGGUGUUGUGUGCCGUGAUCUCAGGCCUUCUGCACUUCCUCUUUCUCUCCGGCUUUGUGUGGAUGUUCAUUGAAGCUGUGAUGCUCUUCAUCUGUGUGAAGAACCUAUCACAGAUCAGCUCCAAAAAGAGGGAGGUGCUUAGCAGUGGAUUCCUGUGUGUGAUUGGGUAUCUGAUUGCUCUGGUUGUGGUGUGUGUCUCUGUCGGUCUGGUUCCUGAAGGCUACGGCAGCGAACGCUGCUGGAUUAAAAUAGAUAAAGGCUUCAUCUGGAGUUUUCUGGGUCCUGUUUGCGUCAUACUAGCAUCAAACACACUUCUCUUCAUCAAGAUCUUCAUCAGUCUGAACUCAACUCUCAAAAGUCUCAAUGCUGAAGUUUCACAGAUGAAACAAACCAAGAUUAUGGUGUUUAAAACACUGGCUCAGUUUGUGGUUCUUGGUUGCCCCUGGAUUCUGGGUUUCUUCACUAAUGGCAGGAAGGAGCUGGAGAUCCUCUUCCUGAUCUUGAACUCCCAGCAGGGAACCUUCAUCUUCCUGAUCUAUUGUGUCCUCAAUAAUGAGGUUUGGCAGCAGUACAAGAAGUUCUUCAGAUGUCUUUGCUGCAUCAAACAACACUGAUGACUACAACAUCA